AUCGCGGCGCUUCGAAAGUAACUUACCUUAUUCGGCCAAUAUUAUACUUUCGUCGUACCGUUUACUUGUGAAAAGUCGCCCACACUGUGUCCACAGCGACGGCGACCCUUGCGAGGACAAUGGUGCUUUAUUCCCCAGAUCGGGUGCUUCCCCGUGCCCGGAUUUCAUGAAAAGCAGACCGGUGGCCAGUGGAAGUCUAUCAAUUCAGAAAUCCCCUUUCCUUCAGUCCACUUCAGCUGCCACCAGUGGCGGCAUUGUCGUUCCCUUUUUUUUUACUUUCUCUGUUGCUGCAUUUAAAUUUUCUCUCUGGUAUAGCGUCACUUUGGUCUCUUCUGUUGCAUUUACGUUGCCCGCGAUGCUACCAGCCAAAGCUUAUGUCUUCAUCGGUCUCAAUGCUGUCCGCACUCUUAGCAUUAUCGCUCUUCUUUUAGUUUUCUCCAGCAGCAUCCUGGUGAUGGUCGAUGACAUCGAGGCAGUCAACGCAUCUGUCGAUGGCGGGAGCAACUCGAGCUCCACAAUUAACUCUGACUACAUACAAAAUAUAUUGAACCGGUUGUUGAUAAUUGGACAGACCGUCGUUUUGAUUCUUUCAGAACUAGGCUGGCCUGCGGGGUUCUUUGAUUAUUACUACUUCCCCGUUCUCGGGAGUGACUUUGGACUAGGUGCUCUUGGAAGUGAUGCAAUGAUAGGAGCUUCUGUACUUUCUCACUUCGUUAAAGUCUUCCCCCUCGUCUCCGGUUUCUCCCUCUUUUCCAUCGGCUGUCUCAACAUGCUAAUCGGCCUUAUCUUCCGAGAACGUGCCAAGUCUACGCGUUCCAUAUUAUCAUUCCGGGACAGAGCAGAUGACAUGCUGUCAUCACUCGAUAAAACCAAAGAAACACCAUUCAGCAAAUAUAGGAUGGAUCGAGACGCAGAGAUGGGCGUGGGCGUCAAAGAACCGGAUACUGCGCACGCUCGCACUUAGGUGUAUGAUGGAUACUAUCGUUCCC